AAAAAAAAAACUGUUUACAUUUCGUUUCAGCCGUUUAAUUUAACUGAUAAUUGAACAAGUUCAACGUGACAUUUCUAUUUGUUGACAUUACAUGUAAUUAGUGCGUAGUAAAGUUAUUCAGUAAAAUUGUUGCUGUAAAAAUGUCCUCCUCCACCACAACUUCGAUAACCCUCCCUAAGCAUAAAUCUAGCAAGAAGCCUGAUAAUAAAUCAAAACAGAAACAUAAACUAUUCGAACGAAAUACAGCCAGCCCAUCCUCGUUAUUACCGAAAGGAGGACCCCCUGAAAAUGAAUUUUUCCAAUUUUACUCAGAACUAUACAAAUCGGCCGUUCUGUUUUCGAAUCCGAAAUUUCAACAAAUGUUACUUUUCCCACAUCCGAGCCAAGCUCAUUCGCUUAUCAAUACCAGUCGGAGCUUGUCAUCCCCCAACUCGAUGAUGAUGAUGAAGAAUAAGCGAGCCAUGAAAAAAGCUCAGCGACGACUCAGUGGGGGGAGUGCCCAACAACGGCAACAAUCUCCCAACAGCAAUAUUACUUAUCGUACAUCGUCAACGUCAACGUCAACCAUGUCCACGUGCGAUGGUGACUACAACUCUGCAGAGAGUGGAGGAUCUUUAACGAAAAAGUCGUUUUCCGACCAUUUCUUGGUACAUCAUCCCCCAACCAUUGCUCCAUUGACAUCCACACCCACACAGACUGGAAAAACUAAGGUCAUUGGAGGACUAAAACUCAAGCGGAGGGUCAGCUUUUCCAAGAAUUCGCCGAGAGCAAGAUCAAGAUCAAAUUCUCAGCAGCAGCAAUACAACAAACAAGGUUCUUCAACUAAUAAUAAUGUCCCAUGGAUAACGAUUCAGGAACAUUGUUGGAGCAGCGAUAUGGACGAAACUGACACGACGGAAGAUAGUGAUGAAGAAGACGCAACUUCGUCUUCUGUUCUUCUGUAUGUUGGUAGUGGGGGGAAGAAGGAAUGUGGAAGUGCAACUUGCGACCGAGAUGGAGACAAUGAAAAUAGCACCACGGAUGAUGGCAAGAAGAACAAGAAGGCGACAACAUCGAUGGAGGAAGUCGACGUGCAACUGCGGAAGUUGUCGACGACAACAAAACAAAAAGCGAAUAGUUGUGAUUGUGACGAGAUGCCAGAGUCGGAAGCUUAAUAAUUUGUACACAAUGUCUGCCUUGUUGGACUGAAAAUUAAAAUGUAAUUUAAUAAUGGAAUUGUCACAUUGAAUCAAUUGUACAAUUUUGCAUAAAAAUAAUGAGAACUUAGUAGUGAAUAAAUGUUUGCAUCAAAUAUUUUAAAGUGUGAA